CUCAGAGCAAUAUAGGCAGCAUCCACAGCGCUGCAUGCAGUUAGUUCUACACUGGGCCGCAGCCGCGCGGUUCCCCGCUCCAAGGUGAAUCCUCACACGCAUCCGCACGUACGCACGCCCACUGGCAGAUCUUUGCCGGCAAGCGGGGCAUAGUUUCCACAGACGCAAUGUUACUGAAAGUGGCCGUGGCGCUGCUGCUUCUAUCGGUAUUGGAGCAAGUCAUGGGCUCGGAUAAUAUUGACAUUUACGACACUCCACCGGAGAAGCCUGUCAACCAUAAAGGACGUCUCUCCCUGCAGAACACAGCUGAGAUUCAGCACUGCCUGGUGAGCGCUGGAGACGUCGGCUGUGGCGUGUUCGAGUGCUUUGAGAACAAUUCCUGCGAGAUACGAGGGCUCCAGGAGAUCUGCAUGACGUUCCUGCAUAAUGCUGGCAAAUUUGACUCUCAGGGGAAAACCUUCAUCAAAGAUGCUCUGAAAUGUAUGGCCCAUGGGCUUCGACAUAAGUUCAGCUGCAUCAGUAGGAAGUGUGUGUCCAUUAAGGAGAUGGUGUUCCAGCUGCAGAGAGAGUGUUAUAUCAAACAUAACCUGUGCUCAGCCGCUAAGGAGAAUGUGGGCGUGAUGGUGGAGAUGAUCCAUUUCCAAGAUCUCUUCCCUAAAGGUCCUUAUGUGGAGCUGGUGAAUAUUCUGCUGGGCUGUGGAGAGGAAGUGAAGGAGGCAUUAACCCGCAGCGUACGACUCCAGUGCGAGCAGAACUGGGGAGCAUUGUGCGACAGCCUCAGCCUCUGCUCCUCACUGACCCCGUCGCCCUCUGGUUCAGCCGUCGAACACCGUCGGCCCUUGCCCCCGCACCCACCUCAGCCAGAGCACCCUCGCCCCCUGCGAAACGGGGACAAGGGCGGUAAGGCGGCUUUCCGCGCCCACCUUCACGGUCGCAACCAGGGACUGCGACGCCAGGGUCCAGAUGCUGGAGUGGUGGCUGAGCAGGAAGACCUUGAGGCCACUGACAUCCGGAGGUGAAAAUGCAGGAGAUUACAACACUGAUAACGCCGACACCAUUUGAGUAGCACACGUGCAGACUAAUGGACAUUUUCACAUGAUCACACACACACUGAGCAGAAGGAAACAAACCCCUUUCCUGAGCUUUUUUUUCUUUUCACCCUUUCCAGUCAUUCCAGCAGUCCCACAUAGUAAACUUGCAGGGUAAUUGUGGCAUAGCAUGUAUAGUCACACCAGACUGUAGGCCACUUUUUUUAUGAAUAAUGAUUGUUAUUAUCAUGAUUAUUUGGAUUGUUAAGUGUAUUUUGACUCUAAUAUAGCAUUUCCCUAGUCAUACUUACUGUUUUGAUUUGACUAUAUUUGUAUUAUUUAUUCUUUAUGCAAUGUUGAAAUAUCAAAAUGUACAUAGAAAAAAAACAAUCUAUAUUUAUAUGAACAUGUAUAAAUAUAGCUAAAAUAUACAAUAGCUAUAAUACGUUUGAAAUAGUGUAUGGCGUGCUGUUGUUGUCCUCACAGUAUUGCACCUAUCACAUGUUCUGUAGAUAUGUAACAUACACCGUUGUUGUUUCCAAGUGGGAAUGUGUAUUGUAAUGUAUAGAUACUUGAUAGUGAAAUACAAAUUGUACAGGUCUGAAGUCCAGUUCUGGCACAUAUGAAUAACCGUAGUGCAUAAUAGCCAUGAUGCCAACAGAUGUUAAAAUGAAAAUGACAUAUAAUUAAUACACACAUUUGUUUCAGAGGUCACUCAACUGCUAACUGACGGAGGGUUAAUAUUGGAGACCAAGCUAAACAUUUCAAUGUAAAUGCAGAAAUAGUUAUGUCAUUAUUUCAACAGAACAGAGAAAUGUCAUGCUUAAACUGAUCCUGUUCCCUGUGACUACAUCUUCUAUGUAUACAGUCACACACACACACACACACACACACACACACACACACACACACACACACAAAGAAUCAAUGAAUGUUCUGUUUUUAUGAGCCACAAACAAUUAUGCUAUUGCACUUUUGUCAGCUUUUGAUGGACUGCUGAAAGUUAAAGAGAUGAAACCGUACGACCUGCCAUCCCCCAAACUAAUUUAAUUUGAGCAAGCCUCCCUCUUUAUCAACCACCAGGGGUUGGAUUGUUGCCCUUUAUGCCUUGACAUAGACCCUUCAUUGCACCUUUUUUGAAAUUAGCCCCUCACCAGGUCAUAGGAAGGCCUGUUAUUGCGCCUGUUUGAGCAGCAGGCGAUGCAGCAAGGACCCAGGAAGUGGGUUAAGUCCACACAUGGGGUACUGUUAUUCUAAAUGUUAUAUUUACAGAGGCCACUAGAGAAUUCCUCUGGGCGACAGCCAAGAGCUUGCAACACCAAGCUGCCCUGUGUAAGAAGAAGCAGUGAGAAGUGGACGUGAAGCACUAAUAAGUGAGCAAAAUACAAUCAAUCAACACACAUUUCUGUUUCAUCCAAUGUAUAACUUGUCCCUGCAAGAAAUUUAGAGACUGUUAUCAUUUUUUGUGUGUGGAGGUUGGGAUUCCAGUGACAUCCCAGCAUCAGACAUAAGCUAUAUUUUAUUGAAAAUGUACUGUAUAUGUAUAAUGUGACUUUCUUUGUAACUGUGUAGUGGCCUUGCUUUUCAGACAAUAAACUGUGUUCCUUGUACAAGUAGUAUCAGUGCUACAUCACCACCAUGUUACAUUUAAGCUUAUGAUCCAGUGAGUAUGUUUGGGCUCAUGCCAGAUGUAU